AUCAAUCAAUGAACCAGUCUCCAAAUCCAAAACUAGCCACGCUCCCAUUGGCACAGAACAAGUUCCUUAGAGUGUGUGUGAGAGAAAGAAAAUGGCUUCCACCCAAUGUUUUUUGCACCACCAUGCACUCACAACUUCAACAAGAGCCUCAUCACAACGCCAAGUAGUGUGCACAAAGCCAAACCAUGUUGUAUGCAAGGCUCAGAAGCAAGAUUAUGAUGAUGCCUCAGCCUCUGUGUCUCGUAGGUUGGCUCUAACUGUUCUUAUUGGUUCUGCUGCUAUUGCUUCUAAGGUCUCACCUGCUGAUGCUGCCUAUGGAGAAGCUGCCAAUGUGUUUGGAAAGCCAAAGACUAACACAGACUUCCUAGUAUACAAUGGCGACGGAUUCAAAAUUUCGAUCCCUUCAAAGUGGAACCCGAGCAAAGAGGUCGAGUACCCGGGUCAAAUUCUUAGAUAUGAGGACAACUUUGAUUCAACCAGCAAUUUGGUUGUCACAGUUACUCCAACUGAUAAGAAGUCCAUCACUGACUAUGGUUCCCCUGAGGAGUUCCUUUCUCAGGUGGAUUACUUGCUUGGGAAACAAGCUUUCUUUGGGGAGACUCAAGCUGAGGGUGGUUUCGACGCGAAUGUUGUAGCCACAGCUAACAUCUUAGAGAGUUCAACACCAGUGAUUGAUGGGAAACAGUACUACUUUCUAUCUGUCUUGACAAGGACUGCUGAUGGAGACGAAGGCGGCAAGCAUCAACUGAUCAGAGCAACCGUUAAAGAUGGAAAACUAUACAUCUGUAAGGCUCAAGCCGGAGACAAGAGGUGGUUCAAGGGAGCUAGAAGAUUCGUUGAGAACGCCGCGAGUUCCUUCAGUGUUGCUUGAUAAACUAGUAAGGAGUUCUUCUACCUGUAUGUAAAUCAAAUGAAGUGGUAUGUAUGUUCUGUUUUGCUUUGAGUUUUGUCCAUUAUUUGAGGGAGUUGGUUGGAGUAUUUAUGUGGAAGCAUAAGCAUGAUUUUCAUGGAGUUUGUGAAACUCUUAAGACAUUACCCCAACCUACUUUAAUUUGUUGUCUGUGAUUGCUGAUUAAGCAUUUCAAGUUGCAUUCAACAAACCUUAACAAUUCAUUUAUAUGCUUGACAAAGGGUUCAAGACUAUGAUGUAA